GAAAUCAAAUUAUACAAAUAACGAUGGCAUCAUCAUUAUUGAAUUCUUCGAUUCGUUUGAUCAAUCAAAAUUCAUCGAUAUUGGCAAGAAUUACAGCAUCAGCAUCAUCUGCAACUACCACAUGCCAAACUGUUCGAAAUUUAUCCACACCAACAUUGGAUGCUGAUCUUAUUGUUAUUGGUGGUGGUCCCGGUGGUUAUGUUGCCGCUAUCAAAGCAUCACAAAUUGGUAUGAAAACCGUUUGUGUGGAAAAACGUGAAACACUUGGCGGUACAUGUUUAAAUGUUGGCUGUAUACCAUCGAAAGCAUUAUUACAUAAUUCACAUUAUUAUCAUAUGGCUCAUAAUGAAUUCAAAGAACGUGGAAUCGAAUUCGAUAAUGUACGGCUAAAUUUGGAUGUUUUAAUGGAACAGAAACGUGGUGCCGUCAAAGCAUUAACCGGUGGUAUUGCUCAACUAUUUAAAAAGAAUAAAGUUACACAUAUAGAAGGAUUUGGCCAGAUAACCGGUUCAAAUGAAGUUACAAUAACGAAAAACGAUAAUUCGACUGAAAUAGUUAAAGCAAAUAAUAUCUUAAUAGCUACCGGUUCUGAAGUGACACCUUUUCCCGGUAUUGAAAUCGAUGAGAAAACUAUCGUAUCAUCAACGGGUGCUCUUUCAUUGGAAAAAGUUCCAGAAAAGAUGGUUGUCAUUGGUGGCGGUGUAAUUGGAUUGGAAUUAGGAUCAGUUUGGUCACGAUUAGGUGCUGAUGUUACUGUUGUUGAAUUUCUUGGACAAAUUGGCGGCAUGGGUAUUGAUAUUGAAAUUGCCAAAAAAUUUCAACAAAUCCUAACAAAACAAGGAUUGAAAUUUAAAUUGAAUACAAAAGUUUUAUCGGCAAAUAAAGUAUCGGAUGAUCAAGUGGAAAUCCAAAUUGAAUCAGCUAAAGGUGGCAAAGCAGAAACAUUAACAUCAAAUGUUCUGUUGGUAUCAGUCGGUCGUAGACCUUAUACAGAAAAUCUUGGCCUAGAUAAAGUUGGUGUCGAAAAGGAUGAAAAAAAUCGAAUCAAAGUAAAUUCACGAUUCCAAACAAAUGUACCAAAUAUUUAUGCUAUUGGUGAUUGUGUACCGGGUCCAAUGUUGGCCCAUAAAGCCGAAGAUGAAGGCAUCGUUACCGUUGAAGGUAUUGCCGGUGGUCCAGUUCAUAUCGAUUAUAAUUGUGUACCAUCCGUUAUCUAUACAUUUCCAGAGGUUGCCUGGGUAGGCAAAACUGAAGAAGAAUUAAAAGCAAAUAAAGUUGAAUAUAAAGUUGGAAAAUUCCUUAUGUUAGCUAAUAGUCGUGCUAAAACUAAUAAUGAAACCGAUGGCCUUGUUAAAGUAUUGGCCGAUAAAAAAACCGAUCGCAUACUUGGUGUUCAUAUGAUUGCCAAUGUUGCCGGUGAACUAAUUAAUGAAGCUGUACUAGCAAUGGAAUAUGGUGCAUCAGCUGAAGAUGUUGCACGUGUUUGUCAUGCACAUCCAACAGUUUCGGAAGCACUUCGUGAAGCAAAUCUUGCCGCUUAUUUUGGAAAACCGAUCAACAUGUAAUACAGACAAACGAAUGAAUUUUGAACCCAUUCGAUUACACUACAACCACCACCACCAUUCAUCACCACCACCACCUACACAACGUUCAUACACAAAUGCUCUAUUAUAUUAAAUGAAAUAAUUAGUAAAGUUGUUAAAAAUUUUAA